AUGACUGAGGUUGCCGCGGCUCGCCGCAGCCGGGUCAACGGCGAGCGCGUUGCUUCGCCGGCGGCCGACGCGAAGGCUGACGCCGCUGCUGAGGCUCCGGCGACGCAACAGACAAAAAUAUGCUUCAACGUAUGCCGCCAAGAGCAGUACCACCCGAACAAGGGGUACCGCCAACUCGCGCGCAAGAUACGACAGAGUGGGACGAUAGAAAUGAACAAGGAGGACAUCACUCUCGACCGGCUGUCGCCGCACGACAUCGCCAUUUUCCCGGCCCCGCAGACGGCGCUUUCUGAGGAGGACCUCGCGGUGAUUCGACAGUACGUGGAGGGCGGUGGGUCAGCCAUGCUGCUGCUCGGCGACGGCCACGGUGGCCAGUACUCGUACCUCAACAAGGCCCUCGAGGAGUGGACCGGCAUCACGCUCAACGAAGACUGCGUGGUGCGCACGGUGCUGCACAAGUACCUGCACCCGAAGGAGGUGUGCGUCACGAACGGUGUUACAAAUAGAGCCAUCAACGCCGCCGCCGGCAAAAACGUGUUCGGCGCUGGCGGGGCGGCCGCCGGGGGUGCGCGGAAGGGCACGGCUGACCUGCGCAACGGCUUUUCGGGGACGAGCGGCAUCAGCGGGACGCGCAGUGGCACGUCGAUGGGCAUCGGCUCCACCCUGAUGACGCUGAACCGGACGGUGGGUACAGGCCAAAGCGCUAACGCCGCCUUACUCGCACAGCAGCCCGCUGGUGGUGCCCGCGCAGAGGCGGAGGAGACGGAGGCUGAGGCCAAGAGUCUUGUGUUCGUGUACCCGUAUGGUUUGACCUUCAACGUGCAGCGGCCGGCGAUCCCGUUGCUGAGCAGCGGCUUCAUGGCCUACCCGCUGAACCGGCCUAUCGCCGUUGCCUGGGAGUGCCCCAAGGUGGUGGAGCACCUCGGCCGCCGCAAGCAGGGCAAACUGCUGCUCAUCGGCACGGCGCAGAUCUUCGAGGACGCGUGGAUCGACAAGGAGGAGAACAGUACGUUGGCCUCGGUGAUCCUCGAUUACCUGGACCAUAAGCUGAAGCUAAACCAAAUCGACGCCGAUGAGCCAGACCUCACGGACUACCACCACCUGCCAGACACCGCGUCGUUGUCCGAGCGGCUGCGCGUCGCGGUGGAGCAGCACGAGGAGCUGCCGCGCGACUUCACUCAGCUCUUCGACCUCGAGACGUUUAAGAUCGAUACGGACCACAUCCCCGACGUCGUCGACACCUACCAAAAGCUGUUGGUCAAGCUCGAGCCUCUCACGCUGAUCCCGCCAGAGUUCCAGACACCGCUGCCGCCCGUGAAGCCGGCGGUGUUCGACGCCAUCCACCGCGACCCGCCGCCACCCGGGCUCGACCUCUUCGACCUUGACGAGGAGUUCGCCCCGGAGCGGGUGCGUCUCAGUCAGCUCACGAACAAGUGCAAGGCGGACGACGUGGAGUACUACAUCUUGCAGGCGGCAGAGGUGAUGGGCGUCACGAAGAAGCUGCGCAGCCCACGCAACCGCGACCCCCGCGCGCUGCUCGACUACGUGUUUCGGCAGGUGGUCGACUACAAGAAGGUCAACACUGGCCCCGCCGUGGCGAAGGAGCCCGGUCGCAGUGGUCCAUCUGGUGUCGCGUCGGGCGCCGAGAACGCGGCUGCUGCUGCGGCGGCACAGGCCAUGAUGCGUGUGAUCCGCGUCAACAACGACGGCAGUGGCGACUCGACGCCCUUUGACGAGAACCCCCGCUGGAAUUUGUACCUGGAGGCGGACUUUGAAAAAGGCACGAUCAACGGCAAUCUGCAGCUGCUGGCCGACUCCGCCCGCUUCGGCGCGCAGGAGGCUCGCAUUGAGGGCGACAUCAAGCCCCCGGGCGAGCGUGAAUUUCCGCUGGAGUGGGCGGUGGUGCUGGACGCGGUCAACGAGGAGCAGAUCAUCUACGUCUUCUUAGCGGUCAUUCAAGGCAACCAACUGCGUGGGGUGUGCCAACAAGGCGAGAGUGGCAACAACACGCGCAGCUUCCUUUACACGCUUGAGGAGUUGUAA